AGCUGCCCGGGCUGCGCGCGCCGGGGUGUCAGUGUAGCCGCGCCGCGGCGGGACAGGCAGUGCCGCGGGAGCAGCCCUUCCCCCCAGCACCUCCGCCAUGGCUGGGGCGCUGGUGCGCAAGGCGGCGGACUACGUGCGGAGCAAGGACUUCAGGGACUAUCUAAUGAGUACGCACUUUUGGGGGCCAGUAGCUAACUGGGGACUCCCUAUCGCUGCUAUUAAUGAUAUGAAGAAAUCUCCAGAGAUCAUUAGUGGCCGAAUGACAUUUGCACUGUGUUGUUACUCGUUGACUUUUAUGAGGUUUGCCUAUAAGGUGCAACCAAGAAACUGGCUUUUGUUUGCGUGUCACUUAACUAAUGAAUGUGCACAACUUAUCCAAGGAGGCAGACUGAUGAAAUAUACGAUGGAAAAGAAGAACUAAAUUUGAACAAAAAAACAGGGAAUCUGCUCAUCUUGAAUUGCAGCAAAGGAAGAGUGUUGCCAUCUACAGUUAUUGUAAUGCAGAUUGUUGCAUUGUUUUUAUCCAUUGUAAUAUUUAUCACAAAUACAAAAUUUUACCAACAUGACACACCAUCCUUCCACUAACUUACAGCUUUUUAAAAAAAAUACUCCUUAGCAAUGUAAAUCAUAUAUCAGUUUGCUGCCUCACAAUUUUUUAUUUUCUAUAAAUGAAGCUCCUCCAAAUCCUGUGUAGAAUAUUUUUAAGAGGACGAGAUAACUCUAACCAGCUAUGAAACUAAAGGCACAGGACAAUUUCGCACAAUGUGUUUAAACUUGCUAAACCAACAUUAACUUGGAAGAUAAUAACCACAGAGAUGUAGGUGGCAUACAUAUGCAGAACAAAUUAAACAUUAAAAAGCCAUUUAAUGUAGUAUUUCCUGACUAUAUUUUAUCAUUUAGAAUUU